AUGGCAACAUCUUCUCCCGCUCCCGCUCCGCAAUCUGCGCCUGCGGCCAACGGCACAUCAACUCUUGAACUCGACGUAUCCAAGUUGCACGUGUUACCAACCGAGCAGCAAGACCUGUACCUGUUGACAUUUGUCUCCGAUUUCCAGCGCUAUGUCGAACAGUUGUCGGCAGAGUCUUUGCCUUCGUAUCAGGCCUCGAUUAAGAAGGAAGUCAUCAAGAUUGUUGGACUCGGCGCCCCGGUCCCAUCUCGCGUCAUUCGAAACGGUCUUGGAAGGAUUCUUGCAGAUGCGUUUGGCCGUGGCAGCCGGAGCCUCCUCUACGAAACCAUCAACGACCUCUUAGCCAUCUUAAACGCGGGAAAAACAGACAAAGAGUUGGAUUCAAAACAUGCGGCGGUGGUUUGUCUAGGCGCCCUUUUUCGCGCGGCGGGGGACAGUGCUAUUAGUCUCUCUGGGCUCACGGUUGCAACAAUUUUGAAACUCCUGAAGUCUUCCCAUGCUGGAGUCAGAGGGUGCGUAUUCCGAGCGCUCGGCGGACUGAUCAUUGGAAUAAAAAGGAGCCUGGAUGAGCAUGUGGCCCGGGAUAUCUGGAAACAAGCCCGACAUGCUGCAACAAGUGAAAAGUCAACCUUUGUUCAAAGAUGCGCAUGUUCAUGUCUCCGCAGCCUUGCCAGUGAGACCGGCUAUUUCAACAACUCGAAUGACUUUGACAACCUGAAAACAACCGUUUGGAAAGCAUUCGACAGCUCAACUCCGUCUGUCAGGCAUGCUGCUGCCGCUGCUAUGGCGGCUGCACUGAACCAAGCAUAUUCUGCAAAUGGUCAUGCAGAGGUGCCGGUAUUGCGGAAACCAAAAAAGUCCAAGAAGGCUGGAGACGAUCUUGAUGAGGAAGUCGAGGCUGAACGGCCUGACUCACCUUCACCAGGACAGGUAAAGGCGUCUAUGCGAUUGACGUUUUCUCUGUACGAAGUUCUCCGGGUCCUAUCGCAACAGUAUUGCCGGGCGUCCACAACGAACAGAUCUCGUGCAGGUAUAGCAACCUGCUACAAGUAUCUCCUUCACCUACUGCCUCGGAAAUCCUUGGAGGAAAGCUAUGCCUCGAUAGCAGUGCAUACAUACACCGAGUUGCUGAACCACCCAACAAUAUCCUUUAAUCGAUAUCGAUUGCUCCUUACCCGGAAACUUGUCCAGUGGAUCCUCGCCGAUGUGACGGUCCUCUUGACGGAAAAUGCUCAAGUCCAUGCAGCACGCUAUCUGAUCAACGACGUUAUCAAGAACUACCCCCAGGUCUUGCCAGAAAGACGGGAACCGUCAAAGCGGAUCCUUGCUGGAGCCCUGACGACUCUGACAGACUUGCUGUUGAGGCUGGGGCCAGCUGCUAGCGUAUUCCAAGAUUCAUGCAGAGAAGCAUUAUUCCAAGUCAUCCAGCACCCAAGUCAUACGGUGCAAAGCCACGCCGCUCAAUGCUUCAGGGCUUUCAUACUCGCUUGUCCGAGUCAACUCAUGCGCACCAUCGAGCAUGCCAUGUCGCAGUUGCAAAAGGAGUUUCAACCGUCUGAGGCCAAGCAACCGCACCGAAAGUCAAUCGGGUUUGCCGCGGCCAUCGCAGUUGCUGUAAGUUGUGCAGGCCAAAGACCGCUAUACGGCUCAGUCCAGACCUAUUCUGCCAUUUUCACCUUUGCAACGGACUUGCUGAAGUCAAGUGCGGCCGCCGAACUACGACUUUCAGCAAUCCAAGUGCAGGUGGCUUGGACCUUGAUAGGGGGUUUGAUGAGUUUAGGACCAAGCUUUGUAAAAGUGCACCUAAAUCAGCUCAUGUUACUCUGGCGAAAUGCACUCCCACCUCCGCUAACUCACGAAAAUGCCGUCAAGAGAGGCCAUCUGGAGCUAAGCUUUUUGUCACACGUCCGCGAAUGCGCCCUCAGCGCGCUGCUCAUGUUUCUCUCCUCUUGCAGUGGUUUGGUCACCACUGAUGGAUCGAAGCGAAUCUCAACCAUGCUGCAUAACACUAUUCUGUUCCUCGACAGCUUACCACCUGCUCGGGAGGCAGAGGAUGUCUCUCACCGAUUACUGCCUGCUCUCCAGCUACAAGAUUUUGCGAUUUUACUCCGGCGGCGCGUGCUUCAGUGCUUCAUUUCUUUGGUUAGCCUGAAGCAUCUCGAGCAAAGCGAUGUUGUGUCUCACUCGGAUCUAAUAGGCCUUACAAUGAGGACGUUCACAGAUCCUGAACGUCCGGUUUUAAAAAGCUUGGAAGCAUCUCUGGCAAAUACUGCGAGCAACUUUGAGGGAUUGUGGGCCACUGAAGACAACUGGAGUUUUGGCGUCAGUAAUCUGGCAGACAGCUUCGACACCUAUCUCCCUUUUGAGAAUCACAUUGAGCCGAGCACCGACAUGUACACUGAGCAGGAAGUCUCCAUACCAGAUAUUCUGGUCCGGUGCCCUGCUCUGCCGGCAAUUGAACACGAUCCCGCGUUGCUGUCAAGACCAGAUAAUCGCUUGGAUGAGGCGGAGAUUAGUUCACCUGCAACGUCUUGUGUGAAUCUAGCGAUCAAACUCUUCGCCAUAUCGUUGCCUCUCCAAUCUCCCCGGAUUCAAGAGAGCACGGUGGAGCAGCUCAUUACUGCUGUCUCCCAGCCUCUUCAACGCGAACCGGGCAGAAAGGCAGCAAUGCAGAUCAAUACGGCCCUUGCUUUUCUAUGUGCGUUUGCUAUUGCGAACAACGAAACCCCCUACAAUUCUGGGAAGAUGCAUGUCGGCGCGGUGGGACAGGUCAUCACUGAACUCUUGGACAGAUACCUGUGCAACUCGGAUUCAAUCCUGCGUCACAUAGCUGGUCGUGCUAUAGGCCGCAUAUGCAACCUUGCCGGAACACAAUUCACUAACAGGGAGGUCAAAGUCCUCAUCGACACAAUAGUGGCUAAUCGAGAUCCUAGCGCUCGUGCUGGUUGUGCCCUUGCGCUCGGAUACAUCCACUCAGAAGUAGGAGCCAUGGCAGCGAGUCUUCAUAUCAAGUCCAUCGUCGGAGUUCUCCUAUCAUUGUGUAGUGAUAGCCACACUACUGUUCAUUACUGGGCUCUCAAAGGAUUGCUUCUGGUGGCGGAGUCCGCUGGAUUGGCUUUCUCAACUUACGCCACAAGCACUCUGGGUCUCUUAGCUCAACUAUAUUCCAGUGACACUCAUAACGAGGAAGCUGCGUCGCUAGUCACAUCUAAUCUUGAGCUCGAACUUUUCACACCUUUGGCACUUGCUCAAUGUGUUGACAGCAUCAUUAACGUCUUAGGCCCCGACUUGCAAGAUGUCUCCAAAGCUCGCAAUUUGAUACUGGUAUUGAUCGGCUAUUUGCAGAAAGAGCCUUCGGCACGACUGCGCAGUUCGAGUUAUCAGUGCCUUCGUCAUCUCUGCAUGUACGCACCGGCACAUCUUCAAUUUGCCAAGUAUGUCUUGGAUCUGCAGGCGAAUCUUUCGUCUGAUGAAGAUCUACUUCAGUCUGUUGCGAUGAAAGGGCUUGGGGAACUGAUGAAAAGGAAUUCGUCUGAAGUUGCGCGCGUUGCGACCUCUAAACUGAGCGAUGAUCUGUGGGCACGCCUGGAUGAUAAUCCGGAAAAUAAGCCGUUACAGGGGAUGCUGCAGAAUUGGAUGCAGCAAACAAUUCUUGUUGAUACAGCAGCAUGGAUUGAAAAAUGCCAAAGCAUACUUUCCAGGACGAGAACAAAGGCUUCGGCACCCCCUCGUGUCACCACAGCCAAGACGGCCAUGCCAGACUUAGCAGAUGAAGAAGUUGCAGGCUUUGCUGCUGCGGCUGCGGCUGCACAAGGCGAAGCCCACGAUGCCGCUCCAGAAGGACAAGAGUUUCUCCGCUGGCAGACACGAGACUUUGCCAUGCGGUUGCUCAGCGAAUCAAUGGAUAUCAUACAAGCAGCUAUGUCGCCAGAUCGAGUGAUUCCCGCCGAAGAAGUGCUACAAAGCAAGGUUGCGGACGUGGUUCGCGUUGCCUUUUCAGCCUCGACCGCUAACGUAGUUGAGCUCCGCAUAUGGGGUCUUCGGAUAAUUGACCAGAUCCUGAAAUUAUUUGGCAAGACCCCGGAUCCCGAUUUCUUGGAAGCGUCCCUUCUCGAGCAAUAUCAGGCUCAAAUCAGCUCAGCUCUGACGCCGGCCUUCGCUGCCGACUCGUCACCAGAACUAGCGGCUGAAGCCAUUGGUGUAUGCGCUACCUUUGUGGCUACAGGAAUAGUGACCAACGCGGAACGCAUGGGUCGUAUUUUCAAGGUUCUUGCCGUGGGAGUGGAAAAUCUUACCCAACCUACGCCAGAGGCAGCAAUUGGUGAUCUGAAAAAUCUCAGCCCAAAUGCACAGGCUAUGCUUAAGAUGGGCAUCCUCUCUGGCUGGGCUCAGCUGCAGCUUGCAAGUUCUGAGCAGCCAUUUCUGGAAGAAAUUCUGCAACCAUUCAUUCCCAAACUCGCGCCACUUUGGCUUACAUCGCUACAAGAGUUUGCCUCCUUGCGGUUUGAACCAGAAAUUUCAGAUACACUAGGAGGCGAGAUUGCGGGCGGUAACUUGGACGAGCGAUAUGCUUCCUUCAACCGAGAAGUUCGUCUUAAAUUCUAUCAGAAGAACUGGCUCAGCAUAGUGGAUGCCAUUGCCGUACUUGUGGAAAAGGACAGCGAGUCGGUGUUUGACGCACUCGAUAACAAACGCCUCUCUACCGUUGAUGGCGCUGCAGACGAAGGUGUUGCACCUGGAAAAGACAUGAGCUUCCGUGAGGAACCCGUUGCGUUCUUUUUCAUCCUUUUCGGACUGGCCUUUGAGGCAUUAGUGACACAAGCCAGGGAAGACCCUUCGCAAGCGCUAUCAAUUCUGCAAGCUCUAAGAAAGAUUCUGACCCCCGAGGUCUGUGGCAAUGCGAUCUACGAAGAGGCAGUAUUCAAUGAAACAACGGAUACCUUAGAUCGGCUCGCACUCACCAGCACCAGAGAGACGCAGAGCGUUCUAGUUGAAAUCGCUCGGAAUUUGUCACUGGAUCACGUAGCAGCGAAAAAUCAAGAUCGUGAUGAGAAGCUCUCAGAUGAUAUUGAGCAGCUCUUUGAGUUGACGAGAAUUAUCAUUUUGGUCUUGACGGGUCUCAUACCGACACUCGAAGACCCUCCAGGUCCUGCUUUUCGGAGGCUUGGAGAGGACGGUAUUGCCCUUGUACGACUCUGCUUCCAAGCGCUCGUGGAUGUUGCCUCGAUAUUUCCAGCUAUCAUCCGAGCGGAUUUGCAUGCCUGUAUCAUUCACACCUACUGUACCCUUCUUGCAACUGGCAUCUGUCAAGACGAAGUGCUGCCACAGGUCAUGCCAAUAUUCAAAGCGUUCCUACAGGAUGUUGUUCAAUCCGGAUCCGGUGAAGUCACUUCAAGGCUAGUCCGCGGGUGCUUGUACCGCAUGUUGUUGAUACUGGCUGUUGCUCAGCGCCGAGAAAACGAACAUGCGAUUACCUGUGCAAAGAACACUUUGCUGUCCAUGACGAUCUUGCUCACCACAGCCAGCUCGGUCAUUCCAGCCAACGACGAGCUUAUCAUGAAGUCCCUCUCGGAGUUACUCGACUGCCUUCAGGACGUGGGCCUUGCAAAAAUUGCAGCUGGCUGUAUGCGGUCGUUACUUGUUACCAACCCCAAAACACCUUGCGAUGAAGCGGUUGGGAGAAUCCUAUGGGCACGACUUGUUCCAUACGUGAGCGACCCAGAAGCCGAGGAUCCAGAGAACGUGAAGACAGCGUUGACCCAAGCUCUCGCGGCGGCUGUGGUAUCUAUCAAAGCCGUCGGUCGCUUUGCUGCUAUGUCGAUAUUGGUGCCGUUACUCCUGCUUCGUGCUAAACAAAUCCCCAGAGGAAGCAGCCUGGAUGCUAUGCGGAAGGAGAGCGCAGCCAGACUGCUCGAGCUUGUGGCGACCGAUCAAAUAGCGUUCAAAGUGACGGUCGGUUUGUUGGGCGAGGAACAGCGCUCGGACUUGGAAAGCUUGCUGCGCGCCGCUGGAGUUGGCAAGAAGCAGGAGGCCACUUCGGCAGAAAGUGUUCAAGCAAGGCCAGCAAUAGAACUGCGCAUGGAUUUUGGAUGA